CAAGUACAAAUACAAUUCAAUCCUCGCGUUACCAAUUCUUAGGCAGUUAUACAGAUAAUAUUUAAUGUAUACUUGCAGGCGUUCUCUUAUAGUUUAUGAUGCAAAUGAAGUUAAACAGUGGGUAGAAGCACGAAGGAAGAAAUACCCUACAAGUGUCAACAUAAACAGGAAUUUGUCUAAGAGUCAGUCAAAUGGUCAAAACAAGGACAAAGAUGCCCAGAUACGACGUCAAUAUUCAAGUUGUGGGGAUAUCUGUGGAUGAUGCAAUCUCAUUAUUUCGAUCUGGAAAUGUAUGUGUGUCUGGUUCAUGGAUGGGGCUGUUUAAUUUGGUGCGGGAACUGAAGGAAGUCAUAGCAAAGCUGCAAGAAUUGGGUUUUGAACUCCCUGAACUACCACCUGGCUAUCUAUCUGAAACUGAGGAUCAAGGCGAUGAAAGGAAAAAUAAAUGGAAAACCAAUCGCAGGUAUUCUCGUUUUCGAAACCGUACCAAUACUGAUAAAAGACCGAGGUAUGACCGUGGAGGUUUUCGGUCUAAAAGACCCAAGGUAUGGAACCAUACCCCUUUUGAUGAUGGUGCAAUGCCCAAAAGCGGGGAACCAACCCUCCUACAGAAGCUUCUUAUCUCUGAUAUCAAGAGGGACAGGCAUAGACUUCACACGUUCAAAUUCAUGGCCUUGAACAAUUUCUUUAAGGAUUGGCCUGAUAUGCCCUUGGAGUUUCCUAGUGUUAAGGUGAACCAGAUUAAAAUUGAAGGUAAUAUUGCCGCAGACGACUUAGAGGACCUGCAGAAUGCUGAGGUGGUCAAGGACAGUAGCCUUGAAUUAAAGGAAAAUGGUGAUAGUAAAGAGUUGAGCUCCGUAGAUGGAGAAACUGGCAGUGCCGAUCACAAUGAAGAAGAAAACGGUAGUACUAGUGCUGAAAGCAGCGACGAGGAGGAUGGGAACGAGGAUGCUUAUGAGGAGCAGUGUGAUGAGUCUGAAGAUGAUGCUGCGGCCUGAAAAUUUUAGUAAACCGGGUAUUCGAUAUUGAAAGUCCGAGUGUUAUUUUCUUUGUGUGUAAAGUUGAGUCGGACAAAACGUUUUGUAGCCUUUGCACAUUUUCCCGGUGAGAUCAGAUGCUUGAAGAAAAGUACAUUUA